UCCUGUGUGUCAGGUUGACUACGUCAUCCAUCCCUGACUCCUGGCAUGGCUUUGGACUGUGAUUUACUAAAUGUAGUUUCUCCCUGAUGGUGAGCGUACAAGUGGUUUUCAGUUUUUAGUUAUUGCAAAAAGUAAUUCAUUGAGUACCGUUGCAUCUGGGUUUUUGAGCGUGAUCAUUUGUGUAGAAUGAAUCCCACAAGAUUCGUUCUAAAACAAGAUAGAAUCCACGAUCUAUACCACAAGUCUUCUGGUAUAGAUUGUGAAAUGGCCCUCAGAAAAGUUAUUCUCAUUUUUGUACCUCCAGUAAGUAGCAUUUGGGAAUACUUGGCUCAAGGAGCUUCCUGAGUGAUUUUACUGGAGACUCCCCUCACUUCAUAAGGGGCCGGCCCGGAGAUGAAGAUGUCAACACUUGAGUGUGACUUGCAUUAUUGGCUGGCCCUACCUGGGGACUUUUGCUGAAAAGGGAACUAUGAGCAUCUGAGUAACUACUAUCAUCUGAGUAAUUUUUAAAGUGACUUCGGUUUAUCUUGAACGAAUCAUUUCAGUCCCCAAUAAGAAUAAACCUAAGUUAAGGCAAAAUUCAGGUGGAUUGGAUGAACAGUGGCAACAUGUUGGUGUUUAUUUAAGUCAUGCUCUGAAACUUAGGUGUUGGGUUGCUAGGGAAGGGAUUUUAAAAGAUUGAUGGGUAAGUAUGAGAUACUCAAAAAGCUUUCUUUGAAGACAUGUAAAAAGUUUCAAGUGCUUGGCAUCAUCUCCAUCAGUGAAAAUAAGUGAAAUAUGGUUUUUCAUCUUUUUUAUUUACAUUUUAAUAAAAUAUUUGCAAAAAUAGAGGGUUUUUUGUAUUUAUCAUUUUCCAGUUUGGUCAUAGAAUCUUGAAAAUUAAGUACAUGCAUAAGAGUUUAAAAACAACAGUGGAUUAAUUUCUUGCUCCCAAGUUUCAUUUGUUUAUUUUUCAGACAGAAUCUCCCUCUGUCGCCCAGGCUGGAGUGCAGUGGCAUGAUCUUGGCUCACUGCAGCCUCCACCUCCCGGGUUCAAGCGAUUCUUGUGCCUCAGCCUCUGGAGUAGCUGGGAUUUACAGAUGUGCACUACCCGCACAAAUUUGCCCGGCAAAUUUUUCUAUUUUUGCAGACAGGAGUUCACCGUUUUGUCCAGGCUGGUCUCGAACUAUUGACCUCAAGUGAUCUGACCGCCUUGACCUCCCAAAGUGCUGGGAUUACAGGUGUGAGCCAUCGCGCCUGGCCACUUUCUCCAAAAUUUUAAACCAAAGCCUUCUUUGGCAGAGCUAGGACUCUUCCUCUAUGGCCCAUUCUAUCCUAUGCUGCUUCCCUUUAUGAGGACACUCCCAUUGUUGUGCGAUAAUCAUCUCUUGGUCUCUCCAGACUCCCACUCCGUUAGCCCUCCUUACAGCCUAGAAAAAAUGACAGAUCUCGUAGCUGUUUGGGAUGUUGCUUUAAGUGACGGAGUCCACAAGAUUGAAUUUGAACAUGGGACUACAUCAGGCAAAAGAGUAGUAUAUGUAGAUGGAAAGGAAGAGAUAAGAAAAGAGUGGAUGUUCAAAUUAGUGGGCAAAGAAACAUUCUAUGUUGGAGCUGCAAAGACAAAAGCGACCAUAAAUAUAGACGCUAUCAGUGGUUUUGCUUAUGAAUAUACUCUGGAAAUUAAUGGGAAAAGUCUCAAGAAGUAUAUGGAGAACAGAUCAAAAACCACCAAUACUUGGGUAUUACACAUGGAUGGUGAGAACUUUAGAAUUGUUUUGGAAAAAGAUACUAUGGAUGUAUGGUGCAAUGGUAAAAAAUUGGAGACAGCGGGUGAGUUUGUAGAUGAUGGGACUGAAACUCACUUCAGUAUCGGGAACCAUGACUGUUACAUAAAGGCUGUCAGUAGUGGGAAGCGGAGAGAAGGGAUUAUUCAUACUCUCAUUGUGGAUAAUAGAGAAAUCCCAGAGAUUUCAAGUUAAUGAAUUUUAAUCUUAAGAAGUAAAGAUCAGGACUUUUUAAUUACUGUGGUAAUUAAAUGUGUUCAUUAUGUACUUAUCAGUACAUUUAGUCUACAGUGUUUUAAUUUUUUUAAAAGUUACAUGAAACUGUAACAUUCCAAGGGUCAGGAAAAAACCAAUUAUGUAUAGUCAUAAAAUUACAAUUUAUGAUGCAAAUAAUGUAAAAUGUUUUAAAGACAAAUGGCAAAUAAGAUAGAUAUGGACCAAAGUCACUAAUGUUUUACAACAGUAACCUUUACUAUAAUAAAUACUUUAAAAAAAAUCUGCUUGAUUUGUGUUUAUAUGUAUGGGUAAGUCUUUAUGUGUUUUUUAAUUUAAGUUUUAGGGUACAUGUGCACAAUGUGCAGGUUUGUUACAUAUGUAUACAUGUGCCAUGUUGCUGUGCUGCACCCAUUAACUCGUCAUUUAGCAUUAGGUAUAUCUCCUA